AUGUCCCGAAUCCUGCGCCCGGCUUCUCGAUUCCUUUCCUCAUCCGCAGCCCGGCCGCUGGCUGCUCGAUGUGCGCUCCAGCGCUUUCCCCGAGUUCCGGCGAUUGUGCAAAGCAAAGGAUAUGCGACAGAAAGUGGGGUGAAGGAAUACACAGUUAGAGAUGCUUUGAAUGAGGCUCUUGCGGAGGAAUUGGAGUUGAACCCCAAGGUCUUCAUCCUCGGUGAGGAGGUUGCCCAAUACAAUGGCGCAUAUAAAGUCACCAAGGGCCUACUGGAUCGAUUCGGUGACAAGAGAGUCAUUGACAGUCCUAUCACCGAAUCUGGGUUCUGCGGACUCACAGUUGGAGCUGCAUUGGCUGGUCUACACCCCGUUUGCGAGUUCAUGACCUUCAACUUCGCCAUGCAAGCCAUUGACCAAAUUGUCAACUCUGCAGCAAAGACUCACUACAUGUCUGGUGGUAUCCAGCCCUGCAACAUCACUUUCCGAGGCCCCAACGGCUUUGCCGCCGGUGUCGCAGCACAACAUUCACAAGAUUACUCGGCGUGGUACGGAAGCAUACCGGGUCUCAAGGUCGUCAGCCCAUGGAGUGCGGAGGAUGCGAAAGGAUUGCUCAAAGCUGCCAUUCGGGAUCCUAACCCCGUCUGUGUGCUCGAGAACGAAUUGCUAUAUGGUCAAAGCUUCCCAAUGAGCGAAGCAGCCCAAAAGGAUGAUUUCGUCAUCCCAUUCGGAAAAGCGAAGAUUGAGCGUGCUGGAAAGGAUCUUACCAUUGUGUCCCUCUCCCGCUGCGUUGGACAAUCCCUUAUAGCUGCUGAGGCUCUCAAGAAGAAAUACGGUGUUGAGUGCGAGGUCAUUAACCUUCGCUCGGUCAAGCCCCUCGAUGUUCAAUCGAUCGUCACCUCCGUGAAGAAGACCCACAGACUGCUGUGUGUCGAGUCCGGAUUCCCAGCCUUCGGUGUUGGCGCCGAAAUCCUUGCGUUGACGAUGGAGUACGCUUUCGAUUAUCUGGAUGCUCCAGCUCAAAGAAUUACAGGCGCGGAAGUGCCAACCCCAUAUGCGUUGAAGUUAGAGCAAAUGGCCUUCCCGGAUGAGACACUGAUUGAAAACUAUGCGGCGAAGAUGUUGCGGUUGUAA